AUUACCCGUCUGCAGCAGAUAAGGAGGACAUCGCCGGACGGGAGCCUCAUUAUCCGCGCUUUGGGGGAUGCGACGCCUCAGAGAGCCGCCGUAAAUCAUCCCCGGAAUCCGCUCUUCUUUCCAACUCCUUCAACGCGGCGCCGGGGAGAUCGGCUGUUAUUUAAUGUGUGAGGCGAGGAGUAUGGAGGGAGCGUUUACUGGAGCAGCAGACCUGCAGGGGUGGCCGGCCGGCGACACUCUAGCGGCCGACACGGCAGAGAGAAGACAACACGGGCCGGCAGAUGUGGGGGACCGGCCACCCCAAAGCUGGAGCACGAAGAGGCAGAAAGCAGCCCCGUCUGCUUUAUCCGGCCCCCUGAAGCCGUGCCCCGAGAACGCUGCCCGGGAGAGGAGCCGCGUCCGCACCCUGCGCCAGGCCUUCCUGUCCCUGCAGGCGGCGCUGCCCUCCGUGCCGCCGGACACCAAGCUCUCCAAACUGGACGUACUGGUCCUGGCCACCAGCUACAUCGCCCACCUCACGCAAACCCUGGACCAGGAGGGCCGCUUCCCGGGGGCCCCGCACCUCAGCAGGGGGUUCCUGCACCCCAUGAAGAAGUGGCCCAUGAGAUCCCGUCUUUACGCCGGAGCCCUGGAGGCAGAAGUGCCUGCGCGAUGCGCCCCGGACCAGGCCUAGGGGCUGAUGAGCUUGAAAGCCAGGAUGGUCUCUUCUUGAUUUCCCCGCCGGCUGCCUCCACGUCUCCUCCCGGCAGAACUUCAUGCGCGGCGUCCGCUUCCCCGCUUGGUGUUUAAUGAUCAAAAUAUAUGAAAAGCGGUAAA